ACCCAGCACGCCCAAGACAUCCAUCAGAGUAGCUCUUGCUUCGGUUCCGUGUCACCCCAUCUCCUGUAGCUUAAAAGCAAACCCAGCAGGUUGCAAGGACGAAGUAGUUGAUCGAGUCUCUGCUUGUCCGGCCAUCUAGUGUGUGCUUCAGUUCAGACAGCUAGCUACAGCCUAUACAUUCAUAGGGAGGUUAAUUAGUUGCAGCACCAAAGAAAAGGAUCAUCGAUCGACCGGCAGGGAGCUAGGGAUGGGGCUGAGGGAGAUCGAGUCCACAUUGCCGCCGGGGUUCAGGUUCUACCCCAGCGACGAGGAGCUGGUCUGCCACUACCUCUACAAGAAGGUGGCCAACGAGCGCGCCGCGCAGGGGACGCUGGUGGAGGUCGACCUGCACGCGCGCGAGCCAUGGGAGCUUCCAGACGCGGCCAAGCUGACGGCGAGCGAGUGGUACUUCUUCAGCUUCCGGGACCGCAAGUACGCGACGGGGUCGCGCACGAACCGCGCCACCAAGACGGGGUACUGGAAGGCCACGGGCAAGGACCGCGAGGUGCGCAGCCCGGCGGCGGCGCGCGCCAUCGUCGGCAUGAGGAAGACGCUCGUCUUCUACCAGGGCCGCGCACCCAACGGCGUCAAGUCCUGCUGGGUCAUGCACGAGUUCCGCCUCGACUCGCCGCAUACGCCACCCAAGGAGGACUGGGUGCUCUGCAGGGUGUUCCAGAAACGGAAGGACGGCGAGCAGGACAACGCCGCCGGCUCAUCCUCGCCGACCUUAGACGGCUCAUCGUCGCAGGCGGCGGUGGCUAUGCCGGAUGACCACCAGCCCAUGGUGGAAGCGUACUUUGACCAGGCGGCGGGCUUCGCGCCUCCGCCGCAGGAGGACGUCGUCGGUGGCUUCGACCCGCUGCUGGUGAACGUGGCGAUGUGGCAGUACGGCUCGGUCCUCGACCACUUCCCGCCGCAGGAGGUGACCAGCUCGCCGAUGAUGGCCGGGCUAGGCUCCAGGGGAGUAGGGGACGGGUGCGGCGGCUUCUACUACGACACCGGCUUCGAGGACAUGGCGAACAUUGGGGGCAUGGGGUUCCCGCAGGGGUGGAUGGGCUAGCUAGCUGAUGCGUGGAGAACGUACUGCGCAUCAGUGUCAUGGAUUGUGCAUAGAUUGAAUUAAUUCCAUUGGUACCCUCUAGUCUUCUGUAGUAGGUACGUAGUGUGAGGUUAGAUUGGAAAUUCUUAGAGUACGUGCACCUUGCCCCCCAAUUAAAAAAAAGGAAAGGAAAGUAGUGUGCAUGUGCAUACGAUAGAUGGUUUGAUUCACCUGCAUGACGCCAGUUGUAUGUAUCUCUUCUCUUCAGUCUUAUAGUUGUAAAUAAAAUAAUAAAGUCAAUUCAAGUA